AUGUCCAUGAACAUUUUUGGUGCAGAGGCAACAGAGGAGAAGGCAGAAAAUGCGCGUCUCUCUUCCUUCGUCGGCGCGCUCGCGCUCGGCGAUCUCGUCAAAUCCACUCUCGGGCCCAAAGGCAUGAACAAGAUCCUGCAGUCCGCAUCUACGGGAGAUAUCAACGUGACAAACGAUGGCGCCACCAUCCUGAAGGCCAUCCAGCUCGACAAUGCCGCCGCCAAAAUUCUCGUUAACAUCUCCAAGGUGCAGGACGACGAGGUCGGCGACGGCACGACCAGCGUCUGCGUUCUCGCGGCGGAGCUGCUACGUGAGGCGGAAAAGCUCAUUGCCCAGAAAAUACAUCCGCAGACGAUUGUGGAAGGAUUCCGGAUCGCGAGUGCGGUAGCGCUGAAGGCACUGGAGAAGUCAGCGGUCGAUCACAGCACCGACCCGUCCCAGUUUAGACAAGACCUGUUCAACAUUGCAAGGACAACACUGUCAUCGAAAGUGCUCGCUCAGGACAAGGACUACUUCGCGAACCUAGCAGUAGAUGCUGUCCUGCGUCUAAAGGGCUCGACGGAUCUUGACCAUAUCCAAGUUAUCAAGAAGGUCGGCGAAAAGCUCACAGAUUCGUAUCUCGACGAAGGCUUCAUCCUCGAUAAGACCAUCGGCAUCAAUUGUCCCAAGCGGCUGGAGAAUGCGAAGAUUCUCAUCGCGAAUACAUCGAUGGACACGGACAAGAUCAAGGUGUUCGGUGCACGUGUUAAAGUGGACAGCACGGGGAAGCUGGCGGAGCUCGAGCGUGCGGAGCGGGAGAAGAUGAAGGCGAAGGUGGAGGCUAUCGCGACACACGGCAUCAACUGCUUCGUUAACCGGCAGCUGAUCUACAACUACCCCGAGUCUCUAUUGGCGGAGAAGGGCAUUCUCACUAUCGAGCAUGCCGACUUCGAGGGUGUCGAGCGCCUGUCACUCGUCACUGGUGGUGAGAUAGCGAGCACGUUCGACCACCCAGACAAGGUGAAGCUCGGACGCUGUGAGCUGAUUGAGGAGAUCAUGAUUGGCGAGGAUAAGCUCAUCAAGUUCUCCGGCGUAGCGGCAGGUGAGGCAUGCACGGUGGUGCUGCGCGGGUCAACGUCACAGAUGGUGGACGAGGCCGAGCGCUCACUGCACGACGCGCUCUCCGUGCUCUCGCAGACAGUGAAGGAAACGCGGGUCGUGCUUGGGGGAGGCUGCUCCGAGAUGCUGAUGAGCUGCGCGGUCGAGGAGGAGGCACGCAAGGUUACGGGGAAGAAGGCGAUCGCAGCGGAGGCGUUCAGCCGUGCGCUGCGCCAGAUUCCCAUCAUCCUCGCUGAUAAUGCCGGCUUCGACUCGUCGGAUUUGGUGACGCGGCUGCGGGCGGCGCACUAUGAAGGGCAAUCUGACGCGGGACUGGACAUGAAUGAGGGCACGAUCGGGUCAAUGCAGAAGCUAGGCGUCACAGAGAGUUACAAGCUCAAACGCCAGGUGAUCCUCAGCGCCAGCGAGGCGGCAGAGAUGAUCCUUCGGGUGGACGAUAUACUGCGUGCGACACCACGAAAACGGGAAGCGGUAUAG